CCUGAUUAAAAAAGCAGGAAACCCCCAUGGAGGAAGCAGGAAGUGGGUCUGGUCGAGAAGGAGGGCCUGAGCACGUAAACAAUACACAAAGAGAAGAAACUAGAAAGAAACUUUUAUCGCAAUGGCAGGCAUUAAAGCACUGGUUGGUUUGUCCUUUAGUGGAGCCAUUGGACUGACUUUUCUUCUACUGGGCUGUGCACUGGAAACCUACGGGGUAUACUGGCCGCUGUUUGUCCUGAUCUUCUACAUACUGAGCCCCAUACCGACGUUCAUAUCCAGACGCGUCACUGAUGACACGGAUUCCUCCAGCAACGCAUGCAGAGAGCUGGCUUACUUCUUAACAACUGGCAUCGUGGUAUCAGCCUUUGGGCUUCCCAUUGUCCUGGCACGCACAAGCACCAUCGCGUGGGGCGCCUGCGGCCUGGUGAUGACGGGAAACGCCGUCAUCUUCCUCACCAUCCUUGGAUUUUUUGUUGUGUUUGGAGGUGGGGACGACUUCAGCUGGGAGCAGUGGUAGACAUGCUUCGCGAAAGCUGUCAGAAAACGUGGGUGGGUAGGUGGAUAGUUGAAUGGACGGACUGCAGACUGAGGGGUUCAUGUGUCCUGCACUCAUUGGGAGAUGAUGCACACGUGCAGGCCGCACAAUAUCAAACUAAACAGGCAUGCUAUUGGGCUGAGUUUUAUAUUAGGUGGGAUUAGGGUUUGAGAAAAUACAAUGUAUCAUAUUAAUGUGCCUUAUGUCUGGGACCAGGGAGACACAGAUGCAUAUAUCCCUCUUAUGCUCUCUAAUGCACCAUCACUAUCCAUCUGAACCCUCAUAUUUUAGUUGGUCUCGCCUUUGUUUCAGCCCCCGAAUCACCCUGCUCAUUGCAGCUACUGCUAUCUCAUUAUGCCUCAGUUAAUCAAUAUCAUAAAGGGAUCCUGAAGAGUAACUCUAUUAUAGUGUACACUGCAAAGCUUUCUGCAUUAUCUGUCCUCAUUGUUCAAGGGGGUAGAAGCUAUACUGAUUUAUGGCUUGCUUAUUAUGAGAACUGUUUGCUGUUUAAAGUUUAAACACAGGGCAAGUUAUAUUACUCCAUGUGGUCUGACAGCUACUUAGAGGGUGUCUAAUCAGGUAAAGGUAUACUCAUUUGCCAGUUCUUUAGGUACAGUGAUGAAAACUAAUGCAUUAUAAUAUCACAGUCCAGCACUAAAUCUCCCUUAAUGAUUGUUCUAAUGUUCAGUUUGUGUUGAAACAGUGUCACAAAGGUGGUAAUUCGGCUGUAACGUCAUUUGAGAGGAUGUAGUUUGUAGUGCUGUUAAACUGUAUUGAGUUUAACACAUAAGUGCUUCUGUUAUUUAAAGUAGCCUCCUGAAUAAAGUGGGGCUGUCGGUUCAAAGCAAUAUUAUUUAGCAGUACUACAAACCACAGCCUCCCAAAUGAAAGAAGACUCGAUCUCUAUCUAAGUUAUUCUAAACAAAUGCCGAAUAUCAUAACCUUCAUAAAGAUUUAAUGCGGGACUGUCUUAUUAGAAUACUUUUUUUUUUUUUUUUCAUUUGUGUGCCUAAUUAACUGACAUGUGAGUGUAUAUUUGUAAUGUGUGUGCGUGUGUUUUUGCGUCAAGACUUUAAAGCCUUUCUUUUAUUCUGGUGCAGUUGUUUACAUGUUCACCAAAGAUCAUUUUAGCCUGCAAAUGGAGCGUAUUCACCGUGAAUUGUGGCUUUUGGUUUGUGCUUCACAGCAACAUGAUCCUCAAAAGCUAGCGGAGGCAUUUGGAAAGGUUUUGCACCAACAGUGCAGAGGGUGUGGCCACGUUCAUUUUAUAUUCCUGUGCAUCGCGAAGUGGAUCCGUAGUCCUGAUGAAAGAUCAUUGUGUCAUGAAUUCUAUUUUUACAUGUUAAAUGUUAAAUACUGUACAUAUAUAGGCCAAGUGCACUUUUUUUUCCCUGUGGGGGUCCUCUCUUUUCAGACUCGGUCGUGAAUGCCUGCCUUAUACAGUGAAUGUUUUCAUUAACAGAGAAAUGACCUGUUCUGUGUUUCUCAAUCAGGGGCCAUUGAAAUCUUUAAACGCAAAUUAAUAUUUGACCUUAAUGUUCUAGUUCACUGUCUGUCAUUGUCAGUAAUUGAUUAUUAAUGAGGUUUUGAGGUUGGUCAGCCCAUAUCAUGUAGACUAUCACGGGAAAAUCUAGUGCCUUUUGUGAUAUUGAUUUCCUUAAUAUCUGAUACACAACACACAUAUUGUAACUGACAUGUUCAAUAGCAACCCCUUGGAUGAAUGUUCUUUUCUAUUACUUGUGACCCUCAUACCAACACUUUGAAAACACUAAGGGGUGUUCAAGAGCUCUCAAAUGUUAUUUUUUAAGCUCCUGACUGCAUUGUUUUCUAACAUUGAUUAAAACUCUCUGUAGUGAA